AAUCAUUGGCGAAUUUGGUUUGUGUUACCGAAUAACGCCGGGUCAAUAAACCUAGCCAUGGUGAAGUCCAGUCUCCAGCGGUUGGAAGGUACCCUGGGGGUGAUAUACAAACCAUAUGCUCUCACAUCGAAUCGCAUGAUCGCCAUCGAGGCCACUCCGAUGCCCGGCCUCACAGUCAAACAGGUCUUGGACUACAUAAUCCAGGAAGGCAGACUGCGAUAUCGGUUCACGCCCUCCGUCAAGGGAUGCACCUUCUGGGUC